CAUUCUUUGUAUUGAGGGUUAAGUGGUUUAUUUUGUCGAAAUCAUUUGCUUUUGCUUACUGUUUGGAAUAGUAAUUUAAUAAUCAUAUUUUAUAAUGUCACUCGGACAAUAUUUUCCUUCCCUUAUUUUGACCAUUGAAUUGUAACAUCAUCAGAUGUAUUCUUUGUUUAGGUUAGGUUGUUUAUUUUUGUGACCCAAUUCCGUUUGUUUUUAUUUAAUGUGUAAAUUAAAAAUAGGCAUGGAUUUUGAACUUUAUAAAGAAAUAGCAAAUGUAGUUUUUAACUACAAAGGACUUUCCAGAGAUUGUUUAAAAUUAUUACAGAAGCUUUUCCCAGGCGUUAGUUGUGAUACUUUAUACAGCAUAUUAUCUCAUGGAUAUCAACGAAAAAUGAAACGCAAUUACGGCAAGUGCCAGAGUAAACGUAAUACUUUUUGGGAACUUUACAACAAGGGCUUGAGUAAUGGCGAAGCUCCUGGUAUAUUGUUAAAUUUAUCUACAGCUUUAGAUAUAUCUCCGUGCUUGUUGGCGAAAUUAAUUAUGCAAAAGUACUUCGAUAAUUUGGACAGUGACAGCAAAGAUGUCUCAGUUAAUAUUAAUUUGAAAAAUGCCAACUUUAUACCUGAUCAGGUUUUGGCAUAUGAGGUUUUCUUGUGUACAAUAUUUGACAACCUGUAUAGUCCAUCAGCAGAUGCUAUGAAGAUGUCUUUAGGUCAACAGUAUGAAAUAAAAUUGUACAAAGAAGCAGCUAAACUGGGUCUCACCUUCAGAGACGAAGAAUACUUGAGAAAGCAUGGUUAUGACAAAACGCCAGACUUAAAACUUGAGGUUCCUGUUGCGUGUGACGGAUUCAUUAUUAAUUGGAUCGAAAGUAAAGCAUUGUUUGCAGAUGAGGAAUGUCAUAAUGAUUAUAUGAAGAGUCAAUAUCUUAGUUACUGGAACAGGUUUGGUCCAGGAUUAGUCAUAUAUUGGUUUGGUUAUGUCAAAACCAUUCUCGAUCCCUUGGACAAACGAUUCAUCAUACGAGAUCAUGUACCGAAAAAUAUGCUAGUUCCAUAUCAAUAAUUUUUUUAUGAGGCCAAAAAAUACCUGCACGUUUUAUUUCACGUUACUAAACUGAAGAUCCUGAAAUGGAAAUUCAGAAUGUGAUCAAAAUCAAAUGUAAUUCUUCCAGUUUUAAAUUAAAACUAAUAAAACAUAGUGUUUUGAGAAUUGGACUCGAAUCAUGAUAUAAAUUAAUAAGCAUGUUAUGGGUUUUUGCUAUAAAAAGAUAUUUUUUCUAAACAGCUACAGAUAGUGAUGCGCCGUCUCCAAUUUUUAAAGAAAGGUAGUGAAAAUAGGGAACUUGCUCAAAAAAUAAAAUCAAUUAAAAUCAUAAGAUAUCAAAACUAAGUUCUCAUAAAAAGAAAAAAAUCCAAUCGCAAUUAAAUUACCUGAAACGUAAAUGUUUAAAACUGAAUUAUUUUUGCCUGCUCUUAAAACGCGUUGCUAUUGGUUGUGACGUUAGACCGUUGCAUUUCGAUCUAGGCACGUAAACAAACAUUGAAAUAACAUCUAAAAUUAUCAAUACUCCUUGAUAGACCGUGAUACACAGUUACUUUCGGAGAAAGUUUUGGUUAGUUUGAUUUGGUGGUUCUAUUCAGACUGAAAAUGUUAAAAUGUUGAAAAUUUACCCAAAGUUGAUAUAUUUAUGACUGCAUCAUACAUUAAAAAAUCGAAGAAUUUUUGUCAAGCUGAAGUUUGUGAUGUAAAAGCUAGGAAUUAAGCAUAAGUAGUAAAUAAUUAAAAUGAAAAAAAAUAUAUUCAAUUUAAUUUAAAAAGUUUGAUAAUUGAAGUUUAACGGAGGCGUUUAUACACAAAUUGAAUUUAAGAUUUAUUUCAAUUUUAAAGUUGACUUUAAACUUUGCGGUUAAUAGUAUAUUAUGCAACAAGUGCGGUAAACGGCAUUUCAGUCACGACUUUAUUUGGCACGAGCGGAGCGGGUGAUUAAUAAACGACUAAAAAGGUGUACCAAACGUGUUGCAUACUAUACGUUUUCUGCAAUCAUUAAUUUUUGCGGAACAAUACAUUUAAUCCUUACAGUUCAUAUAGUUACUAGACAUAUCGAGGCCCUGCCUAUGCUAAUAAUACAGGAACUCGUGAAGCAACUAUGUAACAAAAUUUUGAGAUCUGUUCAAUAUGCGCAUGCGCGACAUUUGAAAUUACGUUUUCAACCAAUGGCAGUUCUAAUUGCAAAUUCUGACGUUCGACCCAUAAAGCCUUGCGGCUUCCAACAACCAACAUGGCCGCUGGCAGGUCGUCAAUGUUUGGGUGCUGGAUUUUUACGGCAGUAUUUUUUCAAAAUAUGUCGAAAUCCUAUAAAAUUUUCAGGCAAAAAAGAAACUAAGGUGUGAAAAGCGUUGUUAAAAAAAUUAGCGCGACAAGUACAGGCUUAAUAUUACACUUAAUUACAGCACACGGAUCGGUGUCUUAAUAGAAUUCUAUAAGUAGUUUGGCGUUUUGAUUCUUUAAGCUCUAUAGACACGAUACCAGCUAUUUUGUUUUUACAAACUUAUUGGUUUAACCUCCAUUGAAAAUGUAAAUAAAGUCGAAUUCACGAAAUGUGACUCUAAAAGUGUAAAUAUAACUUUGAGGUACUAGAUAUUGCACUGGAAACAUCUAAGUGGAAAAAAUGUUCAACAAGCACCUCAUAUCGACAGAACGCUCAUUCUUUCAUCGCAAAUCUAGUAAUUGCAAAAAGUUUCGCUUGCCAAAUGUAUAAUUAUGAAAAGUACCAAUGGACAAUUUUGUUAAAAAACUGUAGGUAUUGGAAAAUGUAACCACGCAAAAUUAAAAACUAGUAUAAAACAAGUCCAUAAACAAUUAGCUCUAAAUGUAACAGAAUUAACACUACCAAACCCUAAACAGUAAUUUAUUGCCUCAAUAUUUAAAAAACAUUUUUCUAGCAAAAAUUGCAUGGCGGCUACCGCAAAGAAUUUCUCGUUAAAACUAUUUAACAACAAUCGUUAAAUGCUAAAAACACAUGUAGAAAUUGCAUUGUGUCUACCGGGCUUUAGAUACUAGUAUCAACUCACAGAAUAAUUUUGCAAUAUUCUAUUGCAACCUGGAUUCAAAUGUAGAUAACUAAAAAUUACUUUUCCAGAAAUGCUCGGGAUUUUUUAAAAGUAUGCACACUCAAUGCUGGUUUUGUAGACAAGAUUGUGGUUUAUGCCUACUACUUACCUUUAAUUAUAAUAGCAUUUUAUAUAGCGUUUUAUCAACUCAUUUUGGUUAGUAUAAAUAGAUAAAUGAAUUAUUUAAUAAAG